AUGAAUGACAUAAAACUUCUUGAAAGAAUGCCAGCAAGAAAAACAAAUAUCAAGAUGAAUUUUGUUAUAAAUGGUGUAUUUUCAUUUCCUGAAGAAUGGAGAGUAACUGAUGAAGCAAAUCCUAAUUUAUUUUAAUAUUCAGUUGCAUUUCUUGAUCAAAGAUUGUCAGGUGGGAAAAUAUUACCUAGAGAAUUAACUGAGAAAGAGAAGAGAGAAAUUGAAGAAGCAGAGGCGGCAAAGAAAGCAAAAAAACAACCAAAAAAAGAUGCUAAAAUAGAAGUAAUAUGAAUUAUUAUACAUAGCCUCCUAAAUUAACACCAGAAGAGGAAAAAGAAAAGCUUCUUAAAGAAUAAAUGGAACUGGAAGAAUAAUAGAGACUUAAGGCUGAAUGGGAUGCUUUGACAGAAGAAUAAUAAUUUUAUAGGACUCAAGAGGAUCAAUUCAAAAGUCCAAGCAUAAAGUUUGAUCAGAAUUAAUUUUCUUAAGAAUUAACAGGAUAAAAAUUAGUGAUAUAAUAAGAAAGAGUAAGAGUUGAUAAAGGAGAAUGGAUAUUUUUAUAUAAAUCUCCAAUUCCAGGUGAUGAAGAAGUAGCAAAACUCAAAAAAGCAAAACCUAAAACUUUAAAUAUCAAUGAUUUGAAUAUAAUUGUAUUUAAAGCUUGGAUAGAUUAUAUACCAUUUUAAACUUCAGGAUAGAUUGAAACUAUUCAAAGAAUAAAGUUUACAUAAUAUAUGGAUGAAUAAUCUCCUCCUGAAACACCAAAACCUAAUAUAGAAACUAUGUAUAUGUAUUUAAAAAUCAAUUUAUCUCAACCAAUAACUCCUAUUAGAUAUAUGCCAUAACCAACAUUCUAAGAUUUAAUUCCUUUAGCUCCUGAACCUUAACCAAUACCAUUAAGUUAAUAAUGUAUUGAAGAGUUGAGAAGUGAUUUAUAAGUCAUAAUUGAAUCAUUAGCAAUGGAAUAUUCUAAUAUGUUUUCGAAAGAUCUAAACAAAUAUCAAAAUGAAAAAUAAAGUAAUAUGUUAAUGACUCAUAAGAAAUAAUCACUUUAAUAAAGAAAAGAACACUUUUUAUAUGAUUUCAAUAUAUCUGGAAAAUAUAAAAUUUUAAAGGAAAGAAUAAAAAAGAGUAUAGUUAAGUUAUGCAGAGAUAAGUUUGGUAAAUUUGGUUCAGUAACAGGUAUUUCAACAGAUUAAUCUGAUUAAUUUUAUUCAGAAUUAUAUGUUUUUUUAAUGGAAGAAAUGAGAUAAGUUUUAAUUAAUAUGGUAAGAGAGAAUAAAGAAGCAUUGUAAGAGGAUUUUUCUCAUUUAUUAUCAAAGAAAAAAACUAUUUAGGAUGUUGGAUUUUAAGAAAUUAUAAUAGAAAAAACAAAUGAAACUAGAAAACAAUAACUUGAGAGAUUAUGUUAAGAAUAUGAAAUUUUAAAUAGAACAGAAGAAGUAGAAAAACAUUUAAGAGAUUUAAAUUUAAUAAAUGCAAAAGAUCAAGAUGCAUUAAUGAAAUUUGCAUUCUUCUGUCUUAGAUGUGCAAAAAUAGAAUAAGCAGUAACACUUGUAGAAUAAGCUUUAUCUUUUGAUGGUCAUAAUCAAAAAAAUUAAUUAUUAUUAGCUGGUUUAUAUUAAAAAAGAGAAAAGAUUUCAGAAGCUAAAUUUAUAUUAGAAUUAUUAUUAGAUUAAGAUCCAAAUAAUUUAAUAUAUCAUUUAUUUUACAAUCUUAUUAUAUAAUAAUAAGACUAAGAAUUAGCUGAUUUCAUGAUGCAAAAAGCUGAAAGAAUAUGGCUUAGACAAUUGAAUCUAAUUAAAUAAGAAGGAAUGCAUCAUGAAGAUCCUUAAUUAUUUGAUAUUCCUUGGAUAAAGAUUCCUAUUCCAGUUCCAGAUAAACCUGAAAAAGAUAAGGCUAUUUUAGAAUAAAGAGAAUAAUAAAGAAUUGCUUGGGAGAAUGCUCAUAAUUAACCAUAAUUGACUGAAUAAUAAUAAGAUCAAAUGAUUUUAUAAUUGGUAGAAUUCUUUGAGAAUGCUUGUCUAUUUGAAUAAGCUGAAUAAUCAUUGGGUCUAUUAAAUGAUUAAUCUCAUAAUAAAAUUGCUAUGUUAAGAGCAAAGAUAUUUUUAUAUAAAUCUGAAUAUUCUCAAUGCUUAGAUUUAAUUGAAAAUAUGUUAGGUAUUAUCAUAUAAUAUAUUUAAAGAAUUUAAUCCUGAAAAUUUAGAAAUACGUAUUGAAUAUAUAAAAAUAUUGUUUAAAAGUUAAUCUUUUGAUAAAUGUGAGAAAUAGAUUAAAUUUGUUUUACCAAAUCCAUAAUUGAGAGAAGAUUAGAUUACUUAUUUUAGUAUGUAUUUGAUGUUAGGUUCAAUUUAUAUAAAUGAAAAAUAAUUUGGUAAUGCUAGAGCAGUAUUCACAAAGGCUUGUUAAAUUAAAGAGAAUUCAUCAUUGUCUUGGAUGGGAUUGGGUAUAUCUUCUCAUGAAUGUGGUAAGUAUAAGGAGGCAGAAGAUGCUUUAAGAAUGGCUAAUCUUUAUGAACCUACUAAUGAUACAGUUUGGGGAUAUAUUGCAUUAAAUUGUUUAAAAGAUGGUAAAAGAUUCAGAGAUGCUAAUUCAGCUUUGAAAGAAAUGAAUAAGACAGAUGUAUUAAAUACAAAAUAUUUAAUUAGACUGGUUAAGUAAAUUUAAUGGUUCGUUUAAGCAAAGAAUUUUAUAAUAUUGAAGAAUAUUUAACUGCUAAAGAAUUAUUAUAAAAAGCAAUAAAUUGGGCUAAGAUUUAAGAUAUGUUAUCAGAAGAAAUUAAUCAAUUUGAGAUUUAAUUGGCAGAGACAAAUGAAAAACUUGGAUUACUAUAAUAAGCUAUAGAUAUAUAUUCAGAAAUAUUAAAUGGAGAAUGUGGAUCUUUAGAAGAACACUUAAAAGAAUAAAUAAAUAGAUUACAUUUCCAGAUCAAUAUAAAAUAUUGA